UUUCUCCAGGAGGUGUCUGGAGAAGUGAUGGCAAAAAAGACUGACUCUUGAAGCCUGAUACCCCAACAUCUCCAUCUGCCAGUGCAGCUGAUCUGACCUGAUGGCUUUUUAUUUCUUACUGAGAAUAGCUAAGGCCCUCUGGCUCUUGACUGUUUUGAAUGCCAUGGAAAAUUCAGAGUUUGCGAAAUUUGAAUGCCAGAAAGAAGUAUCUGCUUGCAGAAAUGACCAGGUUGAGAUAAUCUGCAAAAGCACCAUGGACUUUGAUAGUAUAGACUUGUUUUUCCGUAGUGACAAGAAAGACGAAGAACUCCUCUUCAGCAUGACCACAGUAGGAGAGUCUCACCUUCAGCAUGGGAUGCGUCUCAGAUUUAAGAAUCAAGAAGCCACGUUGGUGAUUCAGAACAUCCAAUUUUCCCAUUGUGGAGUCUACCGGUGGCAUCUUUCAGGCCAAGGGUCCUCAAAUAAGUUCACUACACUAACUGUUUCAGAACCCCCUACAUCUCCAAGGAAAAUGGCUGUCUGAUCUGCAGAGCAACCAAUGUAAAGGCAGGGAGAAGAAUCAUCUGGUCCAAUGACCUGCCAAGAAGGCAGACGGAGUUCACAUCCACUCAGGAUGCCACAGGCCUAUUCAAUCUCAGCAGCUCUCAACUCUGGAAUGACAGUUUCUAUAGUAAUCCACCAUGCUGUAAAGUCAUGGAUGAGAAGGGCUCCCAAGAACUUUGUGCACAAACUUGCUAUACCAGUGCCAUCGUGGAAAAGUCCUCAGGUACUCCAACAACAAAUCAAAGCAAUACAUGGUGGCUAAUGAUCAUGCCAAUUGCUAUUCUGGCUUUGUCUCUAAUUGCAAUCUACAGAUGUCUAAAAAAGAGACGGGUGUUGACUGGUCCUUCAUCCAUGACUGUCAUCUAAUCAUAUUGUUUUCCAUCAUCUAUGAUAUAUCAGACUUUUUUUUGUUUUGUUUUGGAGAGGCAAUUGGAGUUAAGUGAC